AUGUGGGCCUUGUUGGUGCUCACUCUUGCCCUUGUCGUUGGCGCGUCAGAGAAAGCCAAUGACACGGCGGUUGAAGAAAAGCUUGUUAUAGCCAGAGGUAAACUGUUGGCUCCUAGUGUGGUCGGAUGAAGCAUAAAGAAAAUGCCCGAGCUCCAUCAUUUUCUCUUGGAGCGAUGGGCUUUGUACCACAACUUGGAAUAUGAUUCAUCGGAGGAGAAGAAUCCCCGUCUGAUAUUCUAUAACGAAAAGGACGAGGUUGUAAAGACUGUUCGUGUGAAGAAAAUGAAGGCAGACGAGAUCAGCAGCCUGUUAGACUCACUCGGUUUCUACAAGAGGUCCCAGAAAGGGGAAGAGGUGCCAGAGGAGUUUCAGCAUUUCCCCAUGCAUGCCCCCAGGGACGAGCUGUGAUGACACCUUGUGGCCAAACUCUGCCACUGCACCCUGGCCACAUUAAUGACGAGUGGGGCCCCAAGGCCAAAACGAUAGGCCAGGCACCAUUCUGAGGACUCAUUGGCCGGGUGCACUGUGCAGGGUUAUAGACACUGCUGUUAAAAAAAUUGA